AUGGUAGACAGAGCACAGGUCAUCACCCAUCCGCUCUACAGCAGCACCACAUUCACCAAUGACAUUGCGUUGUUGAAACUUGCGUCUCCAGUUGUCUUCACUCCCCGUAUCUCUCCUGUAUGUCUGGCUCCAUCAACCAUCAACAUCCUGCCUGGAACCCGCUGCUUCACCACUGGAUGGGGCAGAACUGCCAUCACAUCGAGUCUUCCAAUCCUGCAGCAGACAGGUCUACCCAUCAUGAGUCCUGCUGUGUGCAGGCAGAUCUGGGGUCAGAGCAGAAUCACUGAUGCCAUGAUCUGUGCUGGAGCCUCUGGAUCCUCAUCUUGCCAGGGUGAUUCUGGUGGUCCUCUGGUGUGUGAGAGUAACGGAGUCUGGAGUCUGGUGGGGUCUGUGUCCUGGGGCACCAGCAUUUGUAGCACUGCUUACCCAGUAGUAUACGCCCGCAUCUCCCAACUGCGCUCCUGGAUCGACAAGACUAUCGCUUCCAACUAGAGCGCCGGUCUGAGCAUUUACCCUUCAAAGGAGGCAAAAGCAGAUUUUAAUCAUUAAUCUGUAUUACAGUUGGUCUUUGAUGGUAUUUUGUUUAUGACUUUUUGUCUUGUGUCAGUCUGGGCUCCAGUGACCUGUCUGUUAUGUGACUGUUUUUUUUUUUAGCUUCAUGUUACAUGUUACGGUUUUAUACAAAUAUUGA